UAAAUUAAUUGGUUUACGUGAAAGUUAUAGUGUUUACAAAUGGCGGUAUAUAUACUGGAAUUAUUUUUUUUUACUAGUAAUGACAGCGAUCAGUGACUUAUAGCAGGACUAUGGCAGGCAUUCUGACACUGGGGGGAACUGACUUGGUGUCACUGACAUCCCCAGUGACACCAAUACAGUGAUCAGUGCUAAUAAAAAGCACUGACACUGUACUAAUGGCACUGGGUAGGAAGGGGUUAACAUGUGGGGUGAUCAAAGGGUUAACCGUGUGCUGUUUUACUAUGUGGGCUGUGUGCACUUUACACUGUAAGCACAUUGCUAUGCAGAGCCAUACAAAGCAGUGUGCAGGAGCUGACACGGGUCUCUACCCCAUCGGUAAUACUCAG